AUGGAUGCAGAUCUAUCGAACGUGUUGCAGACUGAGCUGAUAUUACUAGCUGGUCACUUUGCUUCUUGCACAAGCUUCGAAAUUCGGGACAACUUGAAGUUUCGAACCUCAAUUCAUGCAUUAUGUGAGAAAGCACCGAAUAUUGCGAAUGCUAUUGCCGAAGUUGUUCAAGAGAAGAAAGAUGCCUCAAUUCGAGAAAUCUCCGAGGAAUGCAUGACGCCGCGGAAACGAAGACUUACCCAAGACCCCUCUUAUCGUCCACCAAAAUCUAGUAAACUAGAUAAAAAAAGCGUCGAUGGCACCAAAAAGAAGAUGGAUUUGCCGACUACUCCACUUAACAAUUGCCACCACUCUAGACCCGCCCAGAACGAUAUGCCCACUGGCAAACUGCCGGAAUCGCCUAGACCGGCCAUCGAGGAAUAUCCUAGGCUUAGGCCUAUUCUGAAGUUGAUAAUUGAGGCAACCAGAACUCUGCACCAGCUCAGUACACAAAAUGAUGGUGUUCCGAGGGAUGUUCAUAAAAUGAUACUGCAGACGUUGAACAGCCAAAGCUGCAAUACAGUUGCGAAUAUCGAAUGGUCGGACGGCUCUACCUGGGUAGAGAUUCUCGAGAGAGGAGCAUCUACAAGGGUACAACUUACUAUCUUCAAUAUGCUUGAGUAUAUGGGCGCAUCGAGGUGGUACGAGAGCCAGAUCCAACUUGCUAUGAGAACAGUAACCCGUCGGCAAGCAACUAUAGGGGUGCUUGAUAGCAUUCAAGUCCAACAAACACAGGGAAGAAGUCGGAGUAUGUGUGGAGUUGGACCACUUAAAAUGCAAGACGAAUCUCGCGACCAGUCUCCCAACCCCGGUUUUAGUAUCCCAGAGAGGGAGAAAGAAGCCAGAAGAAAAGCUCUUCGCAAUCGGCUCUCGAGAGGUCACAAACUAAGCACGAAAAUCGUCAAGGAGUUAGGACUAGUUUUAAGGAAAUAUACGAAAAUGAGCCCCGAGGAUCUUGAUCUUACGAUACAAAAUAUCAAGGAUGAUCGCGAACAUAUAGAACUCCUUGCCAUCCUAAGCCCGCAGCUCCAACGACUAGUUGAUUAUAGUCUCCCCGAUCUUCACUCAUUCUAUGCGGAUCUCAACAGUAAAAAGCUGUUAUCGGAGACCGAGAUACAGGAGCUACAAAAUGAAUAUAUCUUAAAACAAGCAAGUACCAACCUAAUAAUCCUCCUCAACACUACUAAUUCGCAUCCUUAG